UGGAUGAAAUGGGCAUAAAAUUGCGAGGGCAAACUGAGCGAUGAAAUAAGCCAUGGCCGUUUACGGUCUCUCUACUGUAAGCUUCACGGCCUCCUCUUUGCCUCUCAAGAAUCAAAUUAAGGUGGAAGCGAAAGUUAACUAUGGACGACAUGUUGCUGUUAGCCUCUGUUGUAGGUCACAAAUAUCCGAAGAGGAAAGUGGUGAACGUGGCCGGCGGCGCAUUUGGAGGCGAAGAAAACUGGUAAAGAAGGACGAGUUCUUGCCCUUCAAGAUGGAACGUGUACCCUUCUUGGAGGAGCAGGUUAGAAAAAUAAGGGAAGGAGGGAAAAUAUUAUCAAUGGAUAUAGAGAGACUUUUGUUAUCGGAGGACAAUAGAUUCGAUUUUGUGAAUGGGGUGGCGGCUGAAGCAAAGCAGUACGUUGAAAACAACCGAGAUGAAUAUGGUGGUGCUAAGAAAGCAAUCUUUCAUGUUCUAAGCAAUCGUAUGAACGAUGCUGGGUUUUAUCGUCCAGAAGCAUAUGUUGAAUCUGAUCCUUUUAAACCCGGUCCAGGUUAUCUACGAGAAGAUAUUUAAAUAAAAAAAAUAUCAUAAUAUUGUUGUUUGUUGUAGUCUUGAUGAUCAUAAAUCUAUUAAAAUAGAUUAGUAUGCUUUUUUACAAUGUGAGUGUUCUUAAGUUUUUCAUUGAUUCUA